AUACUGCAGUCUUCGAAACGGGACACAGUGUGCGUACUCUGCGUACAGGCAGGGCGCCACUGCUUGUGGACACUGUAGUUGUUGCCAAUACAACCAUUCUGAGGUAUUUCUUGGAUAGUGAUACGUUUUAUGUGAUCUUUUAUUUUGAAAUCUCUCACGCCGGUCCACCAUUUUGCGUCUUGUUUGUUGACGCUGUCUUCACACUAUGGAGUGGGAAUAGCUGCAGACACACGUCAGAAUAUGAGUUCUCAGCAAUUUCCCAGGGCUGCUUUGCCUCCCUCUGGAGUUGGACAAAGUCAGACAUCUGCUUGCAGCACUGGUAUAGGAACACAAUCAGUAGGUGGUGAGGAUAGCAGCCGUGACGUGAAUCACUUUCAGGAUCCUCCACCUGGCAGCACAGGUGGAGCUGCACAAUUUUGUGAUGACAAGCAGGAGACGGUGGUGGUCAGGCCCUACCCACAGGUCCAAGCCCAUGGCCAGUCUCUAACUCUUCCCCAGCAUGUGCCUAUCCAGCUCAGCCCACCGGUUACUGUGGCUACCCCAUCAGUUCACCUGCCACAGGGCCAGCAGACCAGCAUUGGCGAGGGCUCGGUAAAGGCUGCCCUGAAGUCACAGAUUCCUAGUCGUCUCAUAGCUCCUGCUCCUGCAGUUAGCCAAGGGCAUAUUCCUGUUCCAGCCAAAGUGUCUGGACAUAUCACUGUUCCCCUUGAUAGCAGCAUUGCUCCAGCCCCAAUACCAGUUGCGACCAUCAGUGGCCAGCAGGGACCGAGUAACUUGCAUCAUCUAAUGGCGACUAACGUACAAUUAAUCAGGAGCAGUGCAGCUGCGCUACGUAUCGGAUCUCCUGCUCCUCCUCCUCAUACUUUCACCUCCCACCUACCUAGAGGUGCAGCCGCUGCAGCUGUCAUGUCCAGCACUAAAGGCCCUACUGUUCUCAGACCAGCUGGAGGAGGAAACACAGGCCCUUGCCAACCUGCAGCUGUGCAGCACAUCAUACACCAGCCUAUUCAGUCUCGACCUUUAGUGACCACCUCUACUGCUGUUCUGCCCACCAUGGUGGCUCCCAUUCCAGCUGCCAGAACCCAGUCUCCAGUUAUUAGCACCCCUGUAACUCAUGCAGAGAUGGGUCAUCAUGGGCGACCAAUGACCAUUCACCCUCCACCGAACACUAUCAACAUCCAGCGUCCAUCCACCCCACGGGACACUGCCACUUGCAUCACCCUCCCCUCCCACCUAGCUCUUGGAACCCAGAAGGCCCAGCCUCCUCACACUGUCGCACAAAAGCCAAUCUUCAACACUGUGACUCCUGUUGCUGCUGCCACUGUUGCUCCUAUAUUAGCUACAAACACUGCUCCAUCAGCAACUACUACAGGCUCUGCCCCGCAUAGCCAUAUGACCAGUGGCACUAUUGUCACAAUGACGAUGGCCUCUCACUCAUCACAUGCAACAGCUGUGACAACCUCAGCAAUUCCUGUUGCUAAAGUGGUUCCUCAGCCAAUCGCGCACACGUCCCCCCGUAUCCAGCCAGAGUACCCAGGGGAGAGGACCAACCUGAUUCCCAUCUCAGGCCAUCGCUCCUCUCCAAACCCUGUCACCAUGGAGGCCCGCAGUGAUAACAGGCCGUCAGUACCAGUGCAGUUUCAAUACUUCUUACCCACAUACCCUUCAUCCCCAUAUCCUCUGACCCACACAUACACCCCCAUCACCAGCUCUGUCUCCUCCAUACGUCCCUACCCAGUCACGGCACAGGCUCAGAGCUCCGCUCUUCCUGCUCAGGCCGGUGUGGGUGUGGCCACCACUGUGCACUUGAACCCUAUGCAGCUUAUGGCAGUGGAUCGCAUUGGCCUGCAGUCAGCCCAGAUCAGUACCCAGAACAUCCAGCCAGCCUCUAUGACUGCUCAGGGCAUUCAGCCUGCAUCAAUUGGAGUUCAGGGACUGCAUGCCACUGCACCAAUCAGCACUCAGAGCAUACAACAGGCUUCAGUCGCCACACAUCAACCACAAUCAGAAACAAAACCAUCAGGUGUAGUUCUGGCUGAAAGUACUGCAUUUGUCACCAAUCCAUUGGGGAGCACUUUCAGUGGCACACAGCCCAUAACUACGGUGGUGCAGACACACCCGCAGGGGGCAGGCACUGGUGCACCCACACUUGUAUCCUCUCCCCGACCCAGCAUCCUUCGCAAGAAACCUGUGAACGAAGGGGCUGUGCGUAAAAGUCUGAUCCCAGCACUGCCGAGUGAGCCUAACGCUGGCCGGAUGGAUAGUGGGAUAAGGCUGUCAGGAUCCCCUCGCCCUGCAGGAGUGAAGUCCAAAUCUGAUGUUCAUGUUGCCAUGGCGCCCCCUGUCAUGGCUACUGUGGAGGCUCUGCCCAGUCAUGGAGGAGAACAGCAGAUGCUCUCCACUCCUGCCCAGCAUCAUUCACAAGCCAUUCCCACCCUCCUAGCUCCACCAGCUCCAACACCCCCCUCUCAGCCCACAGCAGUUCUCUCAGCCCUGCCAGCAUCCAUGGCUGUCACUCCUCCUGCGCCUGCCUCCAUGGCCAAUUCAGUGGCCUCUCCCACCCAGCCUGCUACCAGCAGCACUGCGGCCCUGAGGGCCACCCUUCCAGAGAUUAAAGUCAAACAGGAAGUGGAGCCAAUGGACACCUCACAACCAGUGCCCUUAGCUCCCUCCUCGAUGGUUCCUGCUCCAGUCCUCUCCUCCCAGGGUUCCACCCUGGCCAUACCUGCCCAACCCGGAGACCUCCUGCCUGGGGCCUCACCAAGGAAGAAACCCCGAAAACAGCAGCACGUCAUAUCCACUGAGGAGACUGAGAUGAUGGAGACCAACAGCACAGACGAGGAGAGAGCUAGCAGCCGAGCCCCAGGAAUCAGACUUGACAGACACGAGUCUCCACCCAGGGAAUAUGUUGAUGAGGAGGGUGUUCGUUAUGUACCAGUCCGCCCUAGACCUCCACUCACUCUACUGCGACAAUACCGUAACCCAUGGAAGGCUGCCUAUCACCACUUCCAGAGGUACAGCGACAUCAGAGUGAAAGAGGAGAAGAAAGGAAGCCUUCAGGACAUGGCCAAUCAGCGAGGAGUAGCAUGUCGUGCUCAAGGCUGGAAAGUGCACCUGUGUGCUGCACAGCUGUUGCAGCUGUCUAACAUGGAGCAUGAUGUGUACAGCCGCCUGACCACCCUGCAGGAGGGGCUCAUCCCAAAGAAAAGAGCUGGAGCUGAUGAUGACCUGCACCGCAUCAAUGAGCUCAUACAGGGUAACAUGCAGCGCUGCAAACUCGUGAUGGAUCAGGUGACUGAAGCUCGAGACACCAUGAUGAAAGUGCUGGACCAUAAGGAUCGAGUCCUCAAACUGCUCAACAAGAACGGAACUCCCAAGAAGAGCUCUAAAUUAAAGCGCAAGGAGCGGGCAUAGACAGGACUCACGGGAGUGAAGAUCCCGCCCACUCCAUGGUCUUUGGUUAUCAGGUUGCUGUGCACAAUCAUUUACUUUCUUUUACAGUCACAGAGACAGAGCUGGUUCUACACCAUCAAAGCAUUUUUACAGGAAUUGCUGCUUACUGUGGACUUGAGACUGAUCAUUGGCUCUGAGGCAGCCCAGUUAAACAAUGUUUUUUUUUGUUUGUUUUCCCCUUAAAGAAAAAUUCUAUAAGUAUUACAUUUUUAAAUAAACUUUAUUUUGCCUUAUUUUAGCAACGCAUUUGCAGUAAUGGACUUUAAAAUAUCGGUAUUUGAACUUUUUUGCCCUUGUAACUCUUGUUCAGUUUGAUACACAGCUGUACACACUGCACACACACACACACACACAAACAAAACAGUGUGUGUACUUUCCGUGUUUUCGUGCCUUGUAAAAUGGGUGAAACUGUGUUUUUUUUUUUUUGUGUGUGUGCUGUUAAACACUCCCAAAUUAAUCUGAAAAAUUAAGUCCACUAUGAAAUUCUUGUUAUUAGUUUUGUACUAACCAGACAGGAUUUCCUUUCUAGCCCUUAAUACAUUUUCUAAUUAUUUUUGUUUUGUCUUGUUUCCAUCACUGUAAACUCAACAUUAAAGUGCUAAAGAAUGACUGAUGAUAGCACAAAGUGGUAAAAUAUGUACUUGAAAGAAUCAGUAUAAUUUAUGAUUAUAAAAAUGUUUGGAUCGUUUUGUUUCAUUGUAAGAAGCUUGUUGUUAAUGGCAGUGAUGUGGUUUUCACUUUGUCUUUUGUGCUGUUUUAGAGACUAUAAGUGAAUGUUCUAAGUUUAAAUAAUAAUUUGACUCUUGUACAUUUCGUUUCUUCAUUAUUUUAUUUUUAUUUUUUGUGUGUAAUCUAUUAUGUGCUGUUGCAGUAAAA